AUGGGAAGGGUAUCAUUAGCACCUAGAGCAGGGAUGGGAGGAAUGAAUGGCAAGGCUUCCAUGCAAGUCGUUGAUCCUAGACCUGUUCGUGAAGACAAAUCAUACCUGGCACGAAUGGAAAUGGAAAUUCAAGAUUUUCUCGUUCAAACCGGUUUCGCCUUUCCAGCCAAGUAUAGUGGCGAAUUCCAUAUGCCUUCACAAGCACUGGUGAUGAGCGCUUUUCGGCAUUUGUAUCACCAGUGUGUCGAUCUGCGAUAUACGUUCAGUGCCGAACCCAAGAAAGAAGUUGAAGAGAUUCUACAGCUUUUAAAUGAUAUCAAAUACCCUCUCAUCACCGAUCUAUCAAAGACAAAGCUAGCUGCGCCAGGCAGUAUACACAAUUGGCCUCCGAUUUGUGGAAUGCUUCAUUGGCUAGUCUGUAUCGAAAGCUCGCUGGAAACUGUCACCACAAGAUAUCAUGGGGGACCACUUGAACGACCUGUAAGCGCGGAAGAUGAAGAUUUCUGUCAUUAUUUCCCAUAUCUAUGGAGAUGUUAUGAGCAAUUCUGGGACAGCAAAGAUGAAUACCCGGAAGAAGAAGCAAAGCUUGAACAAAUAUUCGAGGAAAAGUCAGCAAGGACAAAGGAGGAGCUGGAUCGGAUGAAAGAAGAGCUGUUGGAUUUGGAGGAGAAGCUGAAAGAUUUGAAGGAAAAUGAUUCACCCUUAGAGGUGGAGAAAAAGGAAAAGGCUGUAUUGGAAAGUGACGUGAAAAAGUUCAUCGAAUAUCGUGAUGCAGUCCUUUUGCCUCGAAUUCAACAGUACAACAAUGUCGUCGAAAAGCUCAAAGCGGAUAGCGCGAUGCAUUCAGAACAGAUUCAUCAACGUACAGAAGAGCGUGAUCGAUUGCGCAGAGAGGUGGAUGCUCAAGAUGUUUCUGCUGAUGACUUUGAGACAAUGUCUCGUGAACGUGAAGCUUUGUUGAAACAAGUGGAUGAUAUUAUGACAAAGUUGCACGAUCGAUCUUCGACAAAUGGACAUACAGAGAUCUCAUUGAGCAAUCGUCAAGCACGUGUAGAAGAUGAUUUGAAGACAUUAUCCGAUCAAUGUCGUGAGAUCGAUAUGUUCCCGUUCACAUUGCAAGAUGGACGAACAGUAUACGAUUUCGAAAUGGCAGCUAGCAAUACAUCUACACUUUUACCAAAAGGAUUGGAUUUCCGACAAGACGUGAAACGCAAAAUCACAGAAAAGCGAGACAGAUUUGCACGUCAAUAUCGCGACCUGACUGGAACGAAGCUUAAGGAUCAAGAGUCGUACGAUCUUUUGUUGGAAGAAGUCGAAGAGAAGCGAGAAUCGAUGGAUAAGCUGGAGAUGCGUUUGAAAAGUAUACGUGAACAAAAUGAAAUGGCAAAUGCUGCCAGUAAAGAGGAAAAUCGCAUUCAGGCUGAAUUGGAGGCGAAGAACGGCUUGGCGAUCGCUCAGAUCGAUCAAUCAGGUCGCAUGGCUUUAGACCAAGCCGAAGCACGUCUUCAAGAAGCAAGGAUGCAAUUGACACUUGUGCGAGAAAGGGAUACAACCCUACGCAAAGAACUUCAUGAUGAAUUUGUGGUGGGAUUGGAGACUAUCCUCUCUCUCAAGUCGGCUGUUAGUGAAGGGUUGAAAUCGUUACAAGAAACUUCCGCGGAAUGCUCGCAUGCUUGA